ACCGUCUUUGCUUUUACACCCAACUUCAUUCAUCCCCCCAAACCCCUCUUUACUUCUUUCAACUCUCAUCACUCAAUGGCCCAAACCCAAACCCAAACCAUAUCCAUUGCUUACCACACCCACCGCCUCUUACCCGAACCUGAUGUUUUCAUUCACUCCUCACACGGAACACGCAUUCCAGCACACUCUGCACUUCUGGCUUCGGUGUCGCCGGUUUUGGAGAACUUGAUAGACCGCCCACGUAAGCAUCGGAGCUCCGAGACAAUAAUCCAAAUCCAGGGGGUCCCCGGCGCCGCCGUCACCGCCUUCGUCGGCUUCCUCUACUCCUCCACGUGCAGCGAGGACGAGAUGGAGAGGUUCGGGAUGCACCUUCUGGCAUUGUCGCACGUGUACAUGGUGCCGCAGCUGAAGCAGAGGUGCAUCAAGGGUUUAACGCAGCGCUUGACCACGGAGAACGUCGUGGACGUCCUGCAACUGGCGCGCCUCUGCGACGCACCGGAUCUCCACCUCCGCUGCAUGAAGCUCCUCGCCAAUAACUUCAAGGCCGUCGAGGCCACCGAGGGAUGGAAGUUCCUCGUCAACCACGAUCCCUGGCUCGAGCUCCACAUUCUCCGUUUCAUCGACGAACACGAAAUCAGGAAGAAGAAGUCGAGGAGGCACAGGGAGGAGCAGGGGCUGUACGCGCAGCUGAGCGAGGCGAUGGAGUGUUUGGAGCACAUAUGCACGGAGGGGUGCACCGACGUUGGACCCUACGACGCGGAGAGAGAGAGGACACCGUGCGCCAGAUUCGCCACGUGCCAAGGUCUUCAGGUUCUCAUCCGCCACUUUGCCACGUGCCAGAAGAGGGUGAACGGUGGCUGCGUGCGCUGCAAGCGAAUGUGGCAACUCUUUCGGCUUCAUUCCUAUGUUUGUCACCACACCGAUUCCUGCAGGGUUCCUUUUUGCAGGCAAUUUCAAUUGAAAAUGCAGCAAAAUAAAAGGAAAGAUGAUUCUAGGUGGAAACUACUAGCGAGGAAGUUGGCCUCAGCCAAAGUCAUGUCUUCCUUGUCUUUGCCAAAGAGGAAGCGAGAUGAGGAAAUGAGAGUGACAAUAAACAAUCCCGGGAUUAGAAGCUAUAAAUUACUAUGAAUAUUGUAAUGAUGUACAGGAGGACAGUGUGCUUCUUGUUGAUAGGGCAGUUUCCUUGGAGAGAAUAUUCUGCUUUUAGUUCUGUGUGAAAGCAGGUUUUUGAAUAGUGUGAACUUCUUGUACUGGCUCUUUACCAGAGGAAAUGACAAAUCGAGUAUUAGCUUAUAACUGUAAAUUUUGUUUGUUGUAGAUAUGAACAAAUUGAACCUCAUUAUGUGUUGUCAUGAGAUUUUGAGAACAUUGUAAGCUAGUGUUCAAUUUGAUAAAUUAUGUGUAGAAUAUUCAAAUAUUCGUUUAAAA